UGUUCCGUGACCUUGACCAAGAAGAAGAAAGAAUCCACAGUUCCACACCAAUCAUGAGCUCGGUAACCAGCCAUGGCCGACGACACUACCUCUUCCUCCUGCUCUCUCUGCUCAUGCUCGGGACACGAGCCGUCGUUAAUGCCGCCGACACGUUCGACAGCGGCCGCAACAUCACCGACGGCGAGACGCUGGUCUCGGCCGGCGGGUCCUUCACCAUGGGGUUCUUCUCGCUCGGGGUUCCAGCCAGGAGGUACCUCGGGAUAUGGUUCUCCGUGUCGGAGGACGCCGUGUGCUGGGUGGCCAACCGCGACCGCCCCAUCAACGGCACCUCCGGCUUACUGAUGCUGGGCGACGCCGGGAGGCUCCUCCUCCUGGACGCCGGCUCCGGCGGCCAGGUCAUCUGGUCGUCAAACUCUACCGGCAGCACCACCAAUUCCUCGACAGCACAGCUGCUCGACUCCGGCAACCUGGUCAUCCGCGAUGGGGCCACCAGCGCCGACAGCCAGCUCCCGAUGAUCCUAUGGCAGUCGUUCGACCACCCGUCGAACACCUUGCUGCCGGGCAUGAAGACGGGCAAGAACCGCUGGACGGGCGCCGAGUGGCACAUCACGUCGUGGCGCUCGCCCACGGACCCGUCCCCAGGCCCCUACCGCCGCGGCACAGAAACCAAAAAAGGAUCACUCCCAGAGAACGCUAUCUGGAACGGCCGCGCCAAGACGUACCGGACGGGGCCGUGGAACGGGGUCUACUUCAACGGGGUGCCCGAGAUGGCGUCCUACGCCGACAUGUUCGUGUACGAGGUGACCGUGAGCCCAGGGGAGGUGAGCUACGGGUACGCCGCCAAGCCCGGGGCUCCCUUGUCCCGGAUCGUGGUGACCGACGCCGGCACGGUGCAGCGGCUCGUGUGGGACGCGAGCAGCGGCGCGUGGAAGACCUUCUACAGCGCGCCCAGGGACACCUGCGACGCCUACGCCCGGUGCGGGGCGUUCGGGCUCUGCGACACGGGCGCCGCGUCCACGUCCAUGUGCGGCUGCGUCCGGGGCUUCGUCCCGGCGUCGCCGUCGGCUUGGUACAUGAGGGAGACCUCGGCCGGGUGCCGCCGAAGCGUGGCUCUGGACUGCGCCGGCGCCACGGAUGGGUUAGCCGUGCUGCGCGGCGUGAAGCUCCCCGACACGUAUAAUGCGUCCGUGGAUGUGAGCGUCGGGAUGGAGGAGUGCAGGGAGAGGUGCCUUGUCAACUGCUCCUGUGUCGCCUACGCCGCCGCCGACGUCCGAGGAGGAGGAUGCAUCAUUUGGUCGGAUACCAUUGUUGACAUCCGGUACGUGGACAGAGGGCAGGAUCUCUACCUCAGGCUGGCAAAAUCUGAACUAGCUGAAGACGCCAGCAGGAAGAUGAGCGCGGCGAUCAUCGCGACCAUAUGCGUGGCGUGCGCGGCCGCGGGGGUAUUUCUCUCGCUGGCCUUCGUCAUUUGGAGGAACAGGAUACGCAGGAUCGUCUCGCGAGAUGCACGGCGUGUUGCUCACAAAAACGAUGCCGCCGUCCAUGUCGAAGAAGGCAAGCCUGACCCGGACGACGCCGCCACGGCUGUCACGGCCGGCUCCAUUGAUCUGGCCACCUUAGAGAAGGCCACGAGGAAUUUCUCCACCAGGAACGUGAUCGGCGAAGGCGCUUUCGGCGUCGUCUACGAGGGCCAGCUGCUCCAGGAUCACCCUCUGGUGGCAGGGUUGCCAGGGAACGGGAGGAAGGUCGCAGUGAAGAGGCUGAAAGUGUCGUCGUCCCUGCCCAGCAGAGUCCUGAGCGAUUACACGAGGGAAGUGGAGACCGUGUGCAACCUCCGGCACGACAACCUCGUCCGUCUCCUGGCACACUGCAGCGACGGCAACGAGCGGGUCCUGGUGUACGAGUACGUGCACAACAAGAGCCUCAACCUCUAUAUAUUCGGCAAAGGCAGCGCCCGGGCUUCGCUGAAUUGGGCGAGGAGGCUGGAGAUCAUCCGUGGGAUCGCCCGGGGCGUCUGGUACCUUCACGAAGGGUUAGGCGAGGAGAACGUGCUGGUUCACAGGGAUCUGAAGCCGUCCAACGUGCUGCUGGAUCGCCAUUGGAGGCCCAAGAUCGCGGGCUUCGGCACCGCCAAGCUGUUCCGUGACGACCUGACGGGGACGCAGACAGUAGUCGUCUCGCCGGGGUACGCGUCGCCGGAGUACGCCAAGGACGGCGACAUGACGCCCAAGUGCGACGUGUUCAGCUUCGGCGUCGUCCUGCUGGAGACGGUCAGCGGCCGCAGGAACAGCGCUUCGCCGAGCGUCGUUUCGCAGGCAUGGAAGCUUUGGGAGGAGCGCAGGGUCAUGGACCUGCUGGACCCGGCGGUGUGCCGGCGUCCUCGCGGCUCGGGUUCUUCGGAGAUCUGGUCGUCGGAGCUGCGCCGGUGCAUCCAGGUCGGCCUCCUCUGCGUGCAGGAGGCGCCGGGGGACAGGCCCGCCAUGUCCGCGGUUGUUGGCAUGCUUGGGAGCAAAGACUCGCGGCUCGAGCAGCCCAAGUGCCCCGCGCUGCUGCAGCUUGGGCCGACGUGCUACGGCGGCAAUGGCAUGUCGCUGGACUGGGAACCGUCUACCGUAGUCAACCUCACGUAGAAGACCAUAGAGGCUGCGUGCUGGUGAUCCUGUUUGCCAUCUGUAAAUGUGCAAAUGAGCUACAUCCUAUGAGAUCCACUAGAGAUGCUCUUAGUCACGGAAAGUUAGGGUCAAUAUUUGUUAUCUACGUCACUUAGGGUCAAUGGUAAUAUGGUUCAUACGAUAUGCUAUGUAGACUCUAAAUUUGUUAAGGGUAUAAAGGUUUAUAGGUAACGAGGUCAACCCGUAGUUAACUUA